AAAAGCGCGAGUUGUCGUCGCGGCGGUUGUCGUCGCGGCACGGCGGUUGUCAUGGCGGGAACUUUGAGUUUGAGUGGCUCGGUUUUCCGCCACUCGCAUUCUCGCCACCAUCGACGCUACUUACAUUCCAAGCCCAUCAACACCAUCGUGUAUCAUGGCAAGUACUAGAAUGCAAGUGCGUUCACUGACUGGAAGAUUGAAGUUUCUUUCGGAGCUAGGCGCUGCUCAUACCUUCUAUCUCUUUUGAUGGUUUUCUAGAGCCGCGAAACCUUCUGAAGAUUAUCGACAACACCCUCGGGAAGGGAGCCGGACUGAUGGCUCCAAGCUCAUGCAACAGUGUAUUCGCUCAUGAUGUCGUCCCGGCAUCCGCCGCGGCCGUCGCGCUCGAGUGUUGCGGUGCUGAUGCCGCGACACGAGGACCUGCAAGUGGCGCCGACCUGAAGCUGAGUUGCGGAAACAGCAAGCCUCGGCCUCAGCGGGGUUGCGCCGCGCAAUCCCGAACUCGCGCCGCGUCCACGGCCUCGCUUGGACUCCCGCUGUGCGCCACGCCGCCACGACAGCACUCGUGCGUGGCUGCUGCCGACGGCAUCGGCCGCAGCCCCUGCCGCUUUCAGCCCACCGACUUCUCCGACAGCAUGGGCAGCGGCUAUCCUGCUGCUGCUGCCGGCGCCAGCCGUCCCGCGAGCAGCUGCCAGCGGCAGCACCAGGACCCCACCGCCGUCCGGCGGCAACGGGGGCGCCGGCGCUCCGCCGCGUACCCAUGCCUUCCCCCAUCGCGCGCACAUACCGCUGAUUGUGAGGGCGCCGGCGUUGGCGGCGGCGCCGCCAGCCCCCAAGACCACCACCACCACCAGCAGCAGCAGCAGCAGCAGCUCAUCAGCAGCGCCUGCGGCAGUGGCGUCGAGCUGCUCCUCAACACCCCCUCCGCCUCCUCCCUGCACCUCCGCUGCGACAGCUGGCCCGACAUGCCGACCACCAGCGGCACCGCCGCCGCCGCCGCCGCAGACGCUGGUGCCACGCCCACCGCCGCCUCUACAUUGCUCGGCGGCGCCGCCACUGGUUGGGCGAAGCUGGCAGCAGCAGCCGGCGUCACCCGCGUGGACCUGGGGAACCGGGCCGGCGGCGGAGCAGGAGCGGGCGCGGCGGCGGCGGCAGCGGAGUCAGCGACAGGCGACGGCGGGGCGCUCGUGGAGACCGAUGGCGGCGCUGCCAGCCAUGCCUUGUGUCCCAGCUUUGCCCUGAGCUUUCAGCAGCCGGGCUCCGCAACAGCAGCAGCAGCUGCGGCUGUAGCCACGGCGCCGGCCUUGCUUGACAACGCCGACAACACCGCCGCCCGCGCCGCCGCCGCCGCCUGCGUGCAGUCGGCCGCCACCUCGUCUUUCCCGCUGCGGCCGCAGACGCCGCCGCCGCACGACCACGAGCUCCUGCGCUCGCAGCAGCAACAGCCGUCGCCGUCACCGAUGUCCGCGGCGGCGCCGGAGCCUGCGGCGCCGCCGGCUGGGUGUGAGUCGGAGGCGGAAUCCGGCCUUCAUGGCACGGCAGAGCCGCUGCCGCUCCAGCUGCAGCUGGCGGCGCAGGCGGCGCAGCUGCUAAAGCCGUGCGCGGAUCCCGAACUGCCGCUGCCAGACAGCCAGCAGCUGCUACAGGUGUCGCCUCCGUCGCUGCUACAGCCGUCGUCGCCGCCGACGGACCGGGCGCGCCCCCUCGGCGUAAUUAGGGACAUCGAGGCUGCGCUACAGCGGCAACAGCAGCGACAGCGGCGGCGGCAGCAGCAGCGGCAGCAGCAGGGGCGUGCGGCGCCCGGCCGCGCUGAUGCGCGCGGCCGCCUUGACAGCAACGGAAUCCUCAUUCGCGGCGGCGGAGGCGGCGGAGGCAGCGGCGGAGGCGGUAGUGCCGCCGCGGUCUCAGCCCAGAUCUCACGGGCGUCAUCGUGCCUUUUAUCUGAGGAUGACUCGCCGCGCCGUCGCCACCUGGCCGUCAGCAGCGCCACGGGCGGCGCCGCUGCGGCCAGGAACGCCGCGUACCGCCGCCGGCGCGGGCACGGCGAGGAAAUUGGAUACUUCGCCCCCUCGCCCAAGGCUGCUGCCGCCGCCGCCGACGCGGGCCCGUUCUCCAUGAACUCCUCCGAGCUGCCGGCACCGUUACCGACGCCGCCGCAGCUGCCGCCGCGGCUACGGGUGAUAGACAGCCCAUUCCAGGCCGCUGCGUCGGCGCCGGCACCCGCCGCUGCCCCUCCCAGCUCCGGUGGCGGCCGUGGCUCCGCCACCAACUCGACGCCAUCCUCGCAGCGGCGGCGCCGGCCUGCUGCUGGGUCGGGCACACGCGGCGGCGGCCGGGCGGCCCUGCACCGCCGCUUCGCAGUGCCGCCGCCGCCGGCUCACGGCGGGCAGCAGCCGCCCGCCGGCCAUACACACCCGCUGCCGCUGCCGGAGCAGCAGCCCCAGCAGCCCCAGCAGCAGCUACCGCAGCAGAAGCGGCAGCUGCAGCAAGCCAGCGGCGGAGGAUGUUUUGCCGACGCCCGCUGCCGUGUCAGCGACAGCAGCAGCCUCACCAGCGCCAGCGGCGCUGCGGCGACAGCCGCCGCCACCGCAUCUGCCGACGCCGCAACUUCCGCCGUCGGCGGCUGCGGUCGGCUGCUCGGCGGUCACGGCGCCCAGAUAGCCCAGGCGAUGACGGUGCUGCGGCGGCGCGCCGCAAGCGACGCCGCUGGCGACGACGUCGCGGCCGCUGCGAUGGUGGCGGCAGCGGCGAUGGCGGUGGUCGCGCCGUCAACCGACGGCAGCAGCGUCGCCGCCGCCGCCGGUAUGGAGGCGUUGGGUCGCCACAUGGCCGCACAGGGCCUGACGCAUGCGGACACGCCCGCCCUGUUGAACAAGCUGUCCACCGGACUGGCAUUGAGCCUGGGCCGCUGGACCGACACCGACGGCGGCGCCUCCGAGCCCGGAGCUGACGGCGGCGGCGGCGGCGGCGGCAUGCGGCAGUGCAAGCGCGGCUGCGAGCUGGGCUAUGCCGCGGACGUCUUGGUGCCGCCGCAGCCCGGCCGGGACGGCGGCAGCGCCGCCGCCGCCGCCCUUGCGGCCGCCUUUGUCGCCGCGCGGGACCACAGCCGCCAGCAGCAGGCGCCGCGCCCUUCGGCCAGCGGCGCCGCCGCCGCCGCUGCGUUUGGCUCCGGUCCGGCCGAGCCGCAGCAGGCCGCUCCUUGUCCUCCUCCUCCGCCUCCUCCGCCUCCGCCUCCUCCGCCUCCGCUGCAGCUCCGGGCUGCCAGCCUGUGCGCCUCAAGCCUGCUGGACGGCCCUCUGGCUGCGGGCUUCACCGCCCUCAUUGACCAGCUACUGGGGGUGAUGCCCGACCACCAGCCCGACCACCUAGCCGACGAGCAGGCGGCGCCGACACAGUCCCGCGGUGGCUGCCCGGACAACGGCGAUGGCGGUGGCGCCGCCACGGUGCCAGCGGCGGAGGCGGCCCGACCAGAAGGUGCGCCUGGGGCGGCGACGGUCGCGGCCGCCACGCGGCCGCGCACGAGUGGCACCAGCAGCAUUAGUGAAGUGGGCAGCCAGGGCAGCGGCGGCGGCGGCGGAGUGCGAGGACCAGCCCAGAAGGAGUCGUUUCUGGGGCACCUGAUCGGCGGCUGCUUCGGGCGCUCAAAGGCCAUGGUGAAGAACCCCCGGCGCAGCAAGCCUGACUUGGCUGCUCGGUACAGGGCCGGGGGCCUUUUAGGUGCCUUUCGUGGAUGUUCGUAGAUGGACCCGCCCACAUUCCGUGUUACGUAAUUAUUCCGGCAUGGGUUGCCUGCCUGCAUACAGAUGCAUGACAUGCAUAUCUGGCACUUGUUAAUCCAGAGUUGUGUUGUGCUUGAUUUGAAUGCGCCUGUUCCCAUGGGGCUUGCGUCGCACUUUGCGGCGGCUCCGCCGCCGGUGAGAUGCGCUAGUCUCUUACUUUGGGAGGAAGGCGGCGAUGGAAGACAAGCGCCAAGGCCUCGAUUGGUCCGAAGGCGGAAGGCAUAGCCAUACCUUUUUAGUUGCACAAGGCAUAUAGAUGCAUGUGAACAAGUGGGCAAAUAAACGAGCGUGAGCACAGUUAGGAUCAAGCAGGGUACCCAGAUGAGGUGGAGUUCUGUGGCCUUAAUUUGCGUGUUUUGGGGGAGCGGGUGGGGCGGUACUGUUGCUGUAUCUGGCAGCACCUCUCGCCGCCGAGUUGAUGCCUGUGCAAUGUGACGUGAUAUUCAUGUAUUUAUAGAAUGCAGUGGCUUACAGCGUUGCAUAUGCAGCUGCCACGUAAAAAGUUGCAUUGCAAACAGCCUUGGGCGGGAUCAAUGCCAGGUCUGUGGGGGUCUUAAUGGGUCUCACUGUGGAGGUCUAGGUGGAGAAGGGCUUAUGGGACUUGCAAGCAUGGACUGCUCUUUUGCAUGGGCAUGGGUUUCAGGGUCUUGCGCAAUGCUGAAGUGCAUGGUCCUGUGGACCACCACGAUGAGGCAGACAACACCUCGCGUAAUGACUGCAUCCUUCAUUACAGUAUGGCAAUCGCAGGGCUUAUGGGGUUUUUUUACCGGGUUUGCCGUACGAUUGAUGAGUUGGAUCACUUUAUGCGCCUGCGCGCGCGCUUGCUUAACACUUUAUGUCUGUGUGUGCGCGCGGGGGCCGUGCUUCCCAGGUCCAGGCGGCUGUCUGGGUUGGCACAUCAUGGUGAUUGUACGGUGGAUGUGUGGGUGGGUAUGUACAGUAUGCUACAAGCUAGCGCGUCCCUGCGUGCGUCCUUGUACCCAGAGUGUGUUUACUACCUUUUCUUCUUUUUCUAAAUGUGCUUGUGUGUUUUCGAGUCAGCGGCCACCGAACUUCAGUUGUGUGUUUUGGGGCUGAGCCCCCCGAGUGAUGCGAUCCAGGAGCGUGAUCAGCAUUGGGUGGGCGGGCCGGGGGGGGCAGAUCCCUCCGUGUGGCACGUGCACAGACGCAUACCCGCAUGCGGCGUGGCAAAGCAAUGCGCCGCCGCCUGGUGGUGCGCAGCCGCCUCACCGGCUGCGUGUGGGGGGCCUGUGGACGUGUGGGCGUGUGGGCGUGGCGGAUGCAGCGAGCGGCGCGGCGCAUGGAGAGUGCUCCGUCUGCGCAGCAGUUGGGCGCGGCUGGGCGCAUGUGAUGAGAAUGACAAGAGCGUGUCGCCUGUGUUGAUUGGCCAGGUCGCCUGUGUUGGCCAGGUCGCGUGCGAGCGGGAGUGUGCAACAGGUCCCGAGAGGGCCAUGGUGCGCCGCAAUGCCGGCUCUCUGUGUUGCUGGGUCUACUAGGCGCACAUGGAAGCGGAGGGUGAGGGCGUCGACGUGGAUAUGGACAUCAAGGACAGUGGAAUUCUUGGACAAUAAGAGGACAGGCUGGGGAUCCCGGAUGAGGUUUUGAAGCCGCAGGUCGGACGACCGGGUGGCUGUUGGCAAGGUGUACAAACGCGUUAUCGCAUGCGAGAAGGCGGCGGUGACGAGGUCAACAGACGCUCAUAUGUCACGGUCGAAGCCGGGGACAUGAUGGCCGGCGGUGGCCGCUGCUGUAGCCGAUGGGGUGAUGGCGAUGGGGCGUUGUCGUGUGACGGUGAGAGGGUUCCGCAAGCAAGGGGGUUGGGGAUUUCGACACAAUUCGUCAUCCGCGCAAGACGAAUGGCACCGGUUGUGGCUGUGCUGAUCCUGCAAGCGCGUGCGUGCGUGCCGCCCCGCAAACUGCAGGCCGCUUCACGUGCCGCGGCAUUUAGGGUGCCUCUUCAAGCUGCGAAAAGGGCGCCAGGCCCGUACACUAAGCCUUGAUAGCGAGCCCUGUUGAUAGCAGGCCCUUCGUCACAGGUGUCCCGGUAGCACAGUGGUGAGUGUUGAGAAGUUGGGAUUUGAGUGCAGGUUGUCGUACUGUCGGCUGUCAACGCUUUAGCUACUCAUCUGGCAUGGGCUAUUACCCAAUUCCAAUGAGCCAGGUUGGAAGGGAUGUCAGCAGGUCAGGUUGCUUUAGUUUCUUCAUGAUCAUUCGCUAUCAACGCAUGCAUGGGCCCACAGCUUGCACGUCUCUGCAACUGGCAGCCCCCGCCGUUGGAGGACGGGUGGCUGCUGCACGGCCUCAUCAUGUGCUGGGUCAGACGUGCUACACCCUGUGUUACACGCAUGCGCACAUAUAUCAUUAUAGUGUUGAAGUGCCGUUGGUUGCUGCUUGACGUUGCACAUACCGUACUUGUUGUGCGGGCGGCCGGCCCAGGUAGCGGAGCGGGUCGCGCAAUAAUGUGCAGUGAGUGAUUCGUGGUCGCACGGUAUCGCGGUUACGUACCGUACGGCCUUUUGUGGGCGGCUUAUGGAUACCGUAGGACCAAUCUCGGCAUGUUUGAGCUUGGGUUAGAGGCGGCGCUGCUGCUAGCGCAGUGGCGCGCCCUUCCCCGAGAGAGGGAAGCUGGGGCCAGGCUUCAAAGCAUGGGGCUAGCCGCGGCCGCCCCAUACUAGCCACGCCCGCUCUGCUGACGGCGCCUGUGUGUCGUGUUGAAUGGCGCAGAUAAUAACGCCGAUGUUCGGGAUAUGUGCGGGAGGCCAUGUAUAAGGCAGCAUGUACGAAGCUCU